AUGGCUCCCCGAGUUAUCGUUGUUGGCGGCGGCUUGUCCGGACUGAGCGCUGCGCACACAAUCUACCUGGCCGGCGGCAACGUGGCCGUGCUAGACAAGCAGGGUUUCUUCGGCGGCAACUCAACAAAGGCUACGUCCGGCAUCAAUGGCGCCCUGACAAGGACGCAGGUCGACCAUGGCAUCCAGGACAGCGUCAAGCAGUUCUACGACGACACACUCAAGUCCGCCCGUGACAAGGCGAGGCCCGACCUCAUCAAGGUCCUGACUUACAAGUCGGCUGCUGCUGUCGAGUGGCUGCAGGAUGUCUUCAACCUCGACCUUACCCUCGUUUCGCGGUUAGGUGGACACUCCCAGCCCCGUACCCACCGUGGUCACGAUGCGAAGUUUCCCGGCAUGGCUAUCACCUACGCCCUGAUGCAGAGGCUCGAGGAGCUUGCCGAGACCGAGCCCGAGAGAGUCCAGAUCAUCAAGAAGGCCCGUGUCACCGGCCUCAACAAGGAGGGUAACCAAGUCACUGGCGUCACAUACGAGUUCAAUGGCGAGUCCAAUACACUCAAUGGCCCCGUGGUGCUGGCGACGGGUGGUUAUGCAGCCGAUUUCAGCGAGACCUCUCUGCUCAAGAAGCACCGGCCCGACACCUAUGGCCUCGCCACCACCAACGGCGCCCACGCCACCGGUGACGGGCAGAAGAUGGUCAUGGCAAUUGGCGGCAACGGCAUCGAUAUGGACAAGGUCCAGGUUCACCCUACAGGACUUGUAGAUCCCAAGGACCCCGGCUCCAAGUGGAAGUUCCUCGCGGCCGAGGCCCUCCGUGGUGAGGGCGGCCUUCUGUUGAACGCUGACGGCGACCGGUUCUGCGACGAGCUCGGCCACCGCGACUACGUAUCUGGCAUGAUGUGGAAGGAGAAGGAGAACGGCAAGUUCCCUAUCCGGUUGAUCCUCAACUCGAAGGCCUCCAACACACUCGACUUCCACACUCGCCAUUACUCCGGCCGCGGUCUCAUGAAGAAGAUUACCGGCAAGCAGCUCGCCAAGGAGAUUGGCUGCACGCCUGAGCACCUGCAAAAGACCUUCCAGACAUACAACGCCAUCGCCGAAGGCAAGCAGAAGGACCCCUGGGGCAAGAAGUUCUUCCACAACCUGCCUGUGGAUAUCAAUGACGACUUCCACGUGGCUGUGAUGGAGCCUGUGCUCCAUUUCACCAUGGGCGGUAUUGAGAUCAACGAUCAGGCCCAGGUUCUCAACAAGGACCAAAAGCCGUUUGACGGUCUCUACGCAUGUGGUGAGCUUGCCGGUGGUGUGCACGGUGCCAAUCGUCUCGGAGGCUCCUCGCUUCUGGGUUGCGUUGUUUACGGUCGCGUCGCGGGCGACUCGGCCAGCAACUACCUGUUCCAGCAGGCUCUCAAGGGUACUAGCACUGGUGCUUCACGUCUCGGCCAGAUCGCACUCCACAUCGAUCCUUCCCAGCCGGGCAAGAUCUCUGUUGAGUGGGGUUCCGGCUCUGGCGCCAGCAGCAGCUCUGACGCACCCAGGGACCAGGCAGUGUCAUCAGCAGGGCCUAGCUCCCCUCAGGAUGGCGGCAAGCCAGCGGCCAAGGCGAACAACCCCAAGAAAUUUUCCAUCCCCGAGAAGGAGUACACCAUGGAGGAGGUGGCCAAGCACAACAAGAAGGAGGACCUCUGGGUUAUCGUCAAGGGUGUUGUGCUUGACCUGACCAACUGGCUCGACGAGCACCCGGGUGGCCCUCAGGCGCUCCUGAACUUCAUGGGCCGUGAUGCCACCGAGGAGUUCGAGAUGCUCCACGAUGACGAGGUGAUCCCCAAGUAUGCCCCUGAGCAAGUCAUUGGGAGGGUUAAGGGCCAGAAGGUUACGCUGGAGAUUUAA